CAUUUCUGCUGAUGCUGCUCGUGACAUCUGCCAUCGCAUCAGCGUACGAGCCAUAGUGUCUGGUUGUUAGCUUCGCUUCCGGUACUCUGCACUGAUGCCGGUCUCGCCGAACUCCUGUGCGAAUGGACUGUGCUACAUCCACAUUGCUUAAUGGCCGCCAGCAGGGCCGACUAACGUCCCACCAGUUCCCUAACCCGAGUCAAUCAGGCAACGUGACCAUCCCUGAUGCAGAUCUUGGUAGGAAUGCCACAGGCGCCGCCAUCACCAAGUUGGAAGACAUUCUCGUUUCGGUCCAGGAGUCUCUGCAUCGGAACGAAGAGAUGUCUAUUCCUUACAGGUGCCGCCCAUUGUCGGCCAGUCAAUCCGCCAGCAGCUCUGUCCGCUCCCGGCCACCCCGAUCUGCGGUUCGCUUCCCUGGCCGAACGGUCCAUGAAGCCACCAAAUUCAGUGCCUCGCUUGAUGCGCAUCUUGCAGAUGUCCCUCGGCGCCCUGACAGCGGGCAGAACCAUCACCAAAAGGUCUGUGGCAGCCACGCUCCUGUCUGCUUACACCGGGCUUUGCUAAAGGUAAGGGAGCGCAGGAGCAUCUACUAUCAAGAUGAGCAUCUGUUCAAGCAGCAGAGCAUUGUCGACAACCUCGUUGAUGACCUGGCCUACACUCUAGGACUUGGCCGCGAGGACCUGGGCAUAGUUGCCACGAGUAAAGGCUUAGUGGCAGGUCCCAUCUUGAUCCACACCAAGCCUCAAUCUGACCUCGACCCAACCCCGGGAACACCGUCCGAGCUUGACGCGUCCUCAAGUGCUACCGGGUUGCUCAUACCUCCAGCGAGAGAAAUCUCUCAGAUUGAUUUUGGUCCCGUGCGAUGGGUACUGGUCAUCGAGAAAGACGCCACCUUCCGUACGCUGGCUGCGAUGAGGCAUUACGACACCUCUACCUGUGGAAGUGGCAUUCUGAUCACGGGCAAAGGCUAUCCGGACCUCGUCACUAAGCAGUUUCUUCACCUCAUCCACGGCGUAAAACCGGAGCUGCCAAUCUUGGCCCUUGUGGAUUACGACUAUGACGGCAUCGCCAUCAUGCGAUGUUACAGCCAUGGCUCGCGAGGGCAUGCGCACGAAAAGAACACAGUCGUCCCCAGCAUGGCAUGGCUCGGUAUCAAGAGCGGCGACCUCGCGCCCCGUCAAGAUGAGGGCUCUGAUUGCAGCCAGAGACCGCUUGGGCCCAACUUGUUCGAGCACUCAAGUUCCAUCACUAGGAAAGACAGAAAAUCAGCAGCCAGGUUAAUCAGUGAAAUCGAUGAGGACGGCACUGAUUACGACAUUGAUUGCAGGCGGGAGUUACAAGUUAUGUUGUUUUUGGGCGUCAAGGCGGAAAUUCAGGCCGUGGACGACGCGGGCGACACAUCGAGUUGGCUCGACAGUCACAUGAAGGAGCGUUUAUUCACCUCAUAGGCACAAGCUCCCAUGGGAUCUCAUAUGUUUGCGG